CCGUUCUCCUGAUGAAGGAGGAAGAGCAGUCUGUCAUGUAGAGCUGGCAUCUACCCUGUGCUCUGCACGACUUUUGGACAUUUUAUUGGUCUUCAUGACGAGCUUGAAGCUGUUAUGUCGGCGGCAGCGGACGGAGCCUGGUGCUUGUUGUGCAGAGUUCAUUAUCUUCUAUUUAUGUGAGGCUAGAGCAGGCGUUCAGAGAGACCUCCACGGAGACGGGAGAGUAGAUGCAUACGCGUACCCAGACAAGGGUGUCUGAUCCAGUCCUUUUACGCAAAAAAUAAUCGCAUCUAAGAAAUCGUUACAUCGCACUUUUUUUGUAGUAGUAUCGUCUUAUUGUCUACAAGUCCAGAUAAUGUAUAAUACAGUCUGGACCACGGAAAAGGAGGAAGAUGAUUGGAGAGAUGUGAUGAUGCCCUACUCCACAGAGCUGAUCUUUUAUAUAGAAAUGGACCAACCACCAGCUCUACCCCCGAAGCCGGCCAAGCCCCAGCAGACCCCCACGGUGGGGGGGGCGGACCCCAAGGAGGGGGUGGUGGUGGGGGGCUGCCUGCAGGAGGCUGAGUGGUACUGGGGAGACAUCUCAAGGGAGGAGGUGAACGACAAGCUCCGAGACAUGCCUGAUGGGACGUUCCUGGUCCGGGACGCGUCCACCAAGAUGCAGGGCGACUACACCCUCACCCUGAGGAAAGGGGGAAACAACAAGCUGAUCAAGAUCUACCACCGCGACGGGAAGUACGGCUUCUCGGACCCGCUGACCUUCUGCUCGGUGGUGGAGCUCAUCAGCCACUACCGGCACGAGUCUCUGGCCCAGUACAACACCAAGCUGGACGUCAAGCUCAUGUACCCCAUCUCCCGCUACCAGCAGGACCAGUUGGUUAAGGAGGACAACAUCGACGCCGUGGGAAAGAAGCUGCAGGAAUACCACAAUCAGUACCAAGAGAAGAGCAAAGAGUACGACCGACUCUACGAAGAAUACACCAAGACAUCACAGGAGAUCCAGAUGAAGCGCACCGCCAUCGAGGCCUUCAACGAGACCAUCAAGAUCUUCGAGGAGCAAUGUCACACGCAGGAGCGCUACAGCAAGGAGUACAUCGAGCGCUUCCGCCGCGAGGGAAACGACAAGGAGAUCGAGAGGAUCAUGAUGAACUACGAGAAGCUCAAGUCGCGGCUGGGCGAGAUCCAUGACAGCAAGGUCCGCCUGGAGCAGGACCUGAAGACCCAGGCCAUGGAGAACCGCGAGACGGACAAGAAGAUGAACAGCCUGAAGCCUGACCUCAUCCAGCUCCGCAAGAUCCGGGACCAGUACCUAGUCUGGCUCAAUCAUAAAGGAGUGCGUCAGAAACGAAUCAACGACUGGCUGGGGAUCAAGAACGAGAACACAGAUGAGGCCUACUUUGUGAGCGAGGAGGAUGAGAACCUGCCCCACUACGAUGAGAAGAGCUGGUUCGUGGGGGACCUGAACAGAACGCAGUCCGAGGACCUUCUCCUGGGGAAGCCAGACGGGGCCUUCCUGAUCCGCGAGAGCAGCAAGAAAGGCUGCUACGCCUGCUCCGUCGUCGUGGAGGGGGAGGUGAAGCACUGUGUGAUCUACAGCACGGCGCGCGGCUACGGCUUCGCCGAGCCCUACAACCUGUACGGCAGUCUGAAGGAGCUGGUGCUGCACUACCAGCACACGUCGCUGGUGCAGCACAACGACGCGCUCAACGUGCGCCUGGCCCUCCCCGUCUACGCACAAACGCAGAUACAGCCCUCCUCCGGACGCAGAUGAGCCCCCCGCAGCCCUCUGUAGCCCCCCAGCCACGAGGUCAUCGCCCCACCUCCCCACACCAACGACCAAUGAAGACCCUUGUUGCCCCCCCCCCCCCCCGGGAGGGGCCAGGUGUGAGGUGAGGGUAGGUGUCUGGGGCGGUGGUUUGAGUUGAUACGGAAUCAACCCCACGGCCCCGACACCGGACACCGAGAAGAAGCUAGAUAGCUAGGUUAACGAAGUGAAAGACUUGCUGCGACACACACACACACACACACACACACACACACACACACACACACACACACACACACACGUAAGCCACCUUGGAGUUAUACAUAUAUAUUUUUACAAGAACUAUUUUGGAGGGCAUUCUUUCCUAAAGACUGCUUGAUUUGCACAAGGAAGAGUUAAUGUUUGUGAAUGUGAAGAGGCGACCGACAGAAGGAACAGGAGUGGGAGACGUCAGUGCAGAGACCCCCCCCCCCCCCCCCCCCGCUGCUACCUAAACUCCAGCUCAGACUUUACAGACCCCCAGAGGGAGACGACACCGCCCCGUGUACGCUUUGGUCCAGGCUUUGUUUUGUUUACUCUCAACGCUCCCUGAUCGAUGCUUUCUCUCGGAGUGGCUUUUCCUCUUUUAUUUUUAUUUCGUUCCUUUCCGUCGUUGUUUUUCCACCGCUUGCUUGAUGCAAGAGGCGAGGCGAUGAUGAAGAUGAGGAUGACAGCGGUUCUGUUCAGGAGGACAAUUAUGAUGAUGUCAAGUAACUGCUGUUUGUCCCUCUCAGUACAAAAAGCAAAAACGAUGUAGCAAAAUGAGACAAAGGACAGCUGAUUCCCUGAGCUCCUCCACAUACAGAAUGCUGCUGGGGAGGGGGGGGGGCGAGAGGGUGGGGGGAGCUGAGCUAUGGGAAGAGGAAGAGGAGUGAACUCUACUGGGACAAGAGCUAUACAAAAUGGCUGCGGUCUUUAUAGAAGAAACAAGGUUUGCUUUUACUCUAAUAUAUGGGGAUUUUAUUUCUUGCUUUGUUGCAUAGCUGAGCUUUGCCAUGUGAAAAAAUGGUUACAACAUUAGUACCAGAGACCAAAGUUGGUGUGGAAGGGGGGAAGGAGAAGACUUCCACGAUUGAGUGUUUUUUGUAAGAGUUUUUUUAAUGGUGAACGUUGUUGGAAAAGCAGGCCAGUGCUUUGAGACGACGCGGGAAACCAUACGUUUUGGGCGCUUGUAUACCAAUAAUUCACAGUUUGUAAACCAAAUGGCACACAUACACAGACACACACAUACCACGACCCCUGGCCUUGUUCUCCUCAGAUGGUCACGAAAGGAAGCACUUAUACCAGCGCAACACCACACCUUAGGUUCAUCUACACCCUCUCUCAGAUCAAAUCUGACCGUGGAACCGGAUCUCAGAUGUCACACCAAAAUGCUAAUGUGCUUCGUUGAUAUACUGGGACUAUCUAUGUAUUUACAAGAAAAAUAACCUUCAGAGAUAAGCUUUGCUUCAACAAAAACCUGAAAACCACACCGUCUUUAUAGAUAAGACACAAUAGAGCAGGUGGACAGCUGCCGAAGACACAUGCUUUAUGAGAAGAAGAAACUUGAAAAACGUGCAAUGUGUCGUUGUGUUCCGUAGGUUAGCUGUAAGGUGAGAGCGUUGUCACCUUACACCCUGCUCACCAGGCCUGGCGUGGCAUCAUGCACAGCGGGGUUAGAAGAGCUCUCCGUGCGUUAAUUAUUACCUUACUUUAGAAUUCCAAAUGAUGUGGUGCUUGACUUAUGUGGAAACCAUUCUAUAAACCAUCACAUAAAAAAAAGUUUAAAAAGUAAGUAAGUGGGAAUUAUGUGUUAUGAUUGGUUCUAAUUAGAAAGCAUCUAAUUCGGUGGUGAUUGGAGUUGACGAUUAAAGUUUGCAACGCGGCGUAACAUGCCAGUUCGUCCAGGCCUCCCUCCUACCUGGCUGCUGCAGGGCACUGUUGCCAUGACAGCAGUUGGCUGGUACCUAAACUGGCGUGGAUUGGCUGAACCUGGACCUGAUCCUGGUGUCAAAUGGUUAAUCUUCCUUUGUGAGAUCUGCAUUUCACACCAAUUUUUGGAAACAUGAGCCACAGUAAAUAGUAGAAACAACAUGAAUGUUUAAUGAGGGGAGAACUGGUUUUAAAGUCAUGAAAGCACCUCUGUGGCAUGUAUAUAUAUAGUGGUAUAUACAGAGCGCAGAUAAGCACAGAUGAGGGUGCAUUGGUGUUAUCCCGAGACACCAAGCAGGUAAAGCCUCAUAUCUGAGGGGGUUUCUGGGUGUGGAGCCAGGGGGUGUGGGGUUUAUUGUUUGACAGAGGUAUGUUUGAUGUAUCUAUCAAAGCCUGACCCUUGACCUUUAUAUCUACAGCCCCCCCCCCCAGACCGAUGCUCGGGUCCAGGUCUAGAGAUAAGCUAAAGGAGCAGUAGGAGCUGGGAGGGGUGAAGGGUUGAAGCCAUCGAUGACGAGGGCACCAGAGGAGAGUCGGUGCUGGACUUGUGUCUUUUUUUGUAUCUCUGUUUCUGCUUCGUUAGCUAGGUGUACAUAACGAAUGGGGAAGGCGUCCUAAUCAGCACUCAUUGAAAGCUGUGAUGGAGGGGUUUUAUUUAGCUUGUGUUUGACAUCUACUUCUGGCCGAUUGGACGAUGAGGUUUCUUCCUCCAGUACGGACCGCUUCAGGGCGAGGUGAACCGUGGUUUGGGUUUGUUUUUAAAGAGACAAUAGAGCGGCAUAUGUUGACAUCACAUCGAAUGUAUGGUGGAAUGAUACUGGGUCCAAAGCAUUUUCAGCAAAUACAGAUGUUGUUCUGGUUCAAUAUGUUGUCCAUUUAGUUUUGGCCUCGAACCCUCAGGUGAAACAAGGCUAUGGUCUACCUGCAGAGUUUACCGUUUCACUAACACACAAUGAAGCCAGCAAAUCAAAAGAAUCAGGGUUUUUUCUGCAUAGAUAAUUACACCCACACUCGCAAUCAGUUCAUUAAGCUAGACUCAAUAAAUGACAUUUUUGCAUAUAGAGUAUUUUGCUUUAAGGGGUUCAUCUUUACAAAGGUAUCCUGAUAUGUUGCCAUCUUGUAGUCUUUUCUUUCCCUUCAUCUGAAGAUUCUGCAAGGGUUUUGUUUUAAAGCUGAUUCUUUUUUAUUAUUGUUUAACCGGGGAACCCCAAAAGAGCCCCAACUCUAUUACUUGAAAACUAUUGCAUUGCUCACUGUUGAAUGUCUUUAUAUGAAAAUAUACAUUUAUUGAGGAAAAAUGGAAGUGACUGUUUUAUGUUUUUUUUUUGUGGGGCGAGCAGGGCCUAGAUUUGACAUUUAAAGAGAAGUUUUAUGACAGAUGUACAGUAUUGGUUACAGACCCACGCUUUGAACAGCUAUACUCUAGGAGGGACAGAGCAACCCCACCAUGUCACAGAUGUGCUUGGAUCUUCACAGAGGGUCGGUCUGAAAUUGCACACACCAUCUAUAGACGAGUUGUUGAAAAGACUCAAAUAGUUAAGUGUACGUACGGCAGUACGUAUCUUCACAUUUACACAGAGAUAUAGCAUCUAUCAUUUAUACGGCUUAAAGAUAUCCAGUAGUAAUGAUUGUUUUCUUCAGUAACUGCUGUUUGGUACCCGUAUGCCUACCCCCUCCCCUGACAUUUAGACCAAAGAUUUCAGUUGACUCAUCGUUCGUUAGUUGUCGAGUAGUGGGAAUGGAUGUGUCAAUGUCCCUUUUUGUUUGUGACGGUCCAUUGCCUUGAGCAGACCCCAGUCAGGAGUUCCGGUCCGCGUUCCCCAGUGACUCUGGGGGGGGGGCGAGGGCGCCCAUCACGGUGGACUGGGCUCAUUUGUUCAUGAUUACUACAACAUCACAUAACCGUUAAGCAAAUCCUAAAGUAUGAAGAUGUCGUCUCAGGACAUGUUUGGAGGGGCCACUGGCAUCUUGGGCCCUAGGCAGAGCCACCGAUUAGUUUUUUUUAUCACAAGGAGGAUCACUGAAUGCGGCCGUCCUUCACCAAGUGGUCCCUGAGGUUAACGGUAAAAAGAACACCUCUUACUAACCAGUUAAGCCCUGCUCCACAGCGUCUCGGUUUUCACUCCCUUAUUUGCACAAAAAGACCAUAGCUGGUGUAAGGUCGGUGGUCUUUUUCUGGGGUCAAAAUAAAGUACUUUGGUGAUGUCGUGCAGAAACCAGAAUUCUCUUUUUCUCCCCUUUUUCUAAAUGUUGGUCGUGUCAUGUGAACAUGGCAAUAACACAGCUGUCGUCGACGAGGAACAGAACGAUUGUUGGUGGUUGUUGUGCGCGGCCCGCCCCCUGAGCCCCCCCACCCCCCCCACAAGGAAGGAGCAGCAGCUUUUCUUUGAUGUCUCACUUCAGCACACUUGCAAUAUUCCAUGAUUGGAAGUCAGGGGUUACAGUGCCAGAGGGCAGACAGUUCUUUCAGGUAUCUUUCUCAUGGGGUCCACACAGGUCAUAUGAAUUGGAAUAUGCAUAUAUGUACAGUCAUACUGAAGACAGGUGUCAGGCGAUGUAAAGGGACGGGGGGGGUAGGGAGAACCAAGAGGUCCACUCACUAACUCAAGUUUACUUUUGACUGUUUAGUUGAAUUUCCCGCUUUGUGGAAAAUAUCAACACCAACAAUAACUCCAGGAAGAGAAUUAGGUUUAUGUGUAACAUUACUCUGUUUUUAUUAAAAAAAAACACAAAACAUGGUGCAGAAUACAUGGUGGUGUUCCGUUUUCUUUCUUCUUGUGUGUGUUUAUAUGCUCACCACCACCACCGCCACCAGGACUGUUAAAAUAGCCUCGACUACACAGUCCAUUGUUCUGCUCUUUCUACCAAGCAGUAAUCAGGCAGUCAGGCAGUUCUGCAGAGUUGUAUUUGCAGCCCAGUUUGAAUACGUUAGUGAUUCUCAGCAGGGUCUUGUGUGUUCUUACCGCUGCUUGGCUGAUCACAGGUCCCAGCACGGUUCAUGUGUUUAUAGACUCUAUAUACACUAUAUACUGUAUGUAUACACAUGUGUGCUAUAGUGCAGGUUUCUAAGGAGUACAGAUUCUUAGACAUAUGUGUAUACAUGUACAUGCUCCAUAUGUAUGUAUAUUUAUACGUAUAUGAUCCCAGUAUCAAUUCAAUAAAAGAAUCCCAAAGAAUCAUCUGGAGAGAUCUAAAAAGUGUACAAGUUUGAAAGUCACACUUUCCCCGUCCUCCCUUUUGACAUACUUACAGGUCCGGCAUGCAUCUUUGGUACUCUUGACUGUUGUUUUUUGUGUAUAAAAUAAAUAAAAUAAAAUAUAAAAAAGAGGUUUUAAACAAACAAAUGUUAUUUGUCACCUGAGGUGUAACUCUCGAAACUCCAUUUAAUAUUGCCACCGAACGUCACUGCUUACAGCUGAACCAAGUUCCUGUGUUUUACUGUGUCAGUUGUACUACGCUAUAACAAUGUCAUGCUGAGAAAGAGGACUGUUACUAUUGUACCAUUUAUUUUAUCAACAUUGUAAACUUGAUUUAAGUCAUUGCAUUGUCGUACUAUAGAUAACGGUUUGAAGGCACCAAACCUAUCCUGAUGACACAACCUACAUAAUCCUUACUAGCAAUCGCUGACAAUGCUUUGGAUCUGAAAGGUUUUCUUGGAAAUCUUUUAACACUAAAUCAAGCAAAAACAAUAUAAUUGGCUUGUUUCUCGUACAUCAGAUUCAGAGUUCAGCAUAUCUGAUGAAGCAGCCCACUCUGAGGACUAGUACACAACGUCUGUGUCUGCUGGUCCUCCAUUGUCAGGUUGCUAACCCAAUGAGGACAUUGUACUGCUCUCUCUAAGUGGCGCUCAUAUCUCCAAAGCCUCUUUCUCAGUAUUUGCCUCAGCCAUACCUUGCUUCUCUUGGUAUCUCUUUUUCUCAUCACCUUCUGUUCUUGUAUCUCUGUUCCAAUAGUUUGUUGGUUGGUAAAUCUCUGUUUAUGAGUCAAGCUCAUGUACCUUUCUCAGUGGAAGUCCACCAUAUUCGGGACCUUGCGGAAUAAAAACAAAUAUUUUCAUCAAGUUCA